GGAAACUCCUCCUGUUCACGAUGACUUCAUCUCUUAGUGGAUGACAGCACGCGUCGACGUCCGCAGCGCGACUCCCACCCACCAGCACGACAGCCAUGGUACCUAAUGUGAUCACCUAAAAGUCUCGUUUGCGCAGCAUGUCUAUUAUCCCCCUUCUUCUAUUUUCCGUCAUUGCGCUUCUCUUCUGCGCUGCUGAGGCGAAUGUAGAAAAGGUCGUCUUCAUCGCACCGCCUCGUGUAGCAGUCCCUUCAGAAGAACCAGAUCUGGAUGACCUGGGCCUGGAAAGGUUAUCCCCGGAGUCUCCUGUCAUUCGGACGCAGUUGAACCCGUUGUUUCCGACCGAUGAUGCGCCUUUCGGAGCGGAUUCUUGGUUUUUCUUAGAGAAUCUCACACCGGGCAAACGCUACGAAGUCAGGGUUUGCUGGUUGGCGACGCAACCAACCUCUUUUACCCUCUCAACGUAUACAAUCGGCAAUACCCUUGAAGAUCCGUCUCUCCUGGCCGCCAUUAGUCGUUUCUCUUCAUUCCGCCUUGCUUCUGUUGACCAGCUCCAAGCAAACACUGUUCUUCAAAAGACGAAAGCGGGAAAACAUGAUUCAUCCGCUUCGGACCUUGCGCCGACUUCUGAUUCGGCUCUCUUUCUGCGCAUUUUCUCUGCCGCAGACUACUAUUCUCUCGACACAUCAUUAAUGGACAACGUACCGCCUAUCCUGGUGGAUAUAAUAUUGGAUCCGUUCCUGCUGAACGUUUUUCCCAGGUCACUCGUGCCAACGGCUUGCUGGAUUACCGUCGUGGCCGCCAUCGCGCUGCUUGUUGCUCGCUGGGUGACGAUGCAGUUUCAAGGUGUCAUCGUGGAAGCAGAAGCUGGUAUGAGAAGAGAUACCAACAUCCAACAGAGUCUAACCAUUAAAUCGAAAGAUGAAAAGAAAAGGAACUAACCACAGCAACGUGACAAUCGGGAGUACUAUACUUAUAUAUAUGGAGUACGCAUGAUCCUUUUAGACUUCCUAUAUAUUGCACGUUCGCAAGAAAAGCCCUGUAUAACUCAUUCAUUGUUCUAAAGAGCCGUGUCGUAGAUGCUGUAUAUACUGUUAAGUUCAGUGCGUAUGAUCCUG